AUGAGCGCUGAGGAACCUGGCUAUCGUGACUGGCAAGGUUGGGAUGAGGCCCGCGAAGGCCCCAUCACCUACCAUGUGUCGGAUUCCGUGCCAUCCAAAGGUUCCAGCGGCCAUGCUGCGGGCACCUGCCGCCCUUGCGCAUGGUUUCACAAACCCGGUGGCUGUAGAAACUCCCAGGACUGCUCCCAUUGCCACCUGUGUCCAGCGAAUGCCAGAAAAAGGAGCAAGGGCCAGGGCAAGGCAAAGGGAGAUGGCAAAGACCGCAGGCUGGAGGAGGAAGUCGUUCCAGCUCCCGAAGCCGAGCUGUCCCCGGUGCCGCCCAUAGAUCCCAGCUCCGGGCCACGGUGGUCUCGGGGUUCGGAGUUGCAUGGGAUGCCGGGCAAGCAGCGCUGCAGGCCUUGUUUGCUCCUGUGGACAACUAGUGGCUGCCGAGAGGGUGAAGACUGCGAAUAUUGUCACAUUUGUGUUCCGGAGCAGUUUUCACAGCCGCCUCCACCACCUCCGGGCGGCCCGCCGGCAGAUAGGCAGCCGAUGCCGCAGCCAAUGCCGCAGCCGAUGCCGCAGCCGAUGCCGCAGCCGGUGCCACAGCCGGUGCUGCAGCCCGUGGCACAGCCGGCAACGGGCGCUGCCAGUACAGGACCCGGAGGACCGGGACCAACCUUGGCGAUUCAAUUGGCGGAUAGGAUCCAAGAGCCUCCGCCGCUGCCCGCGCUGCCUUCGGUGACCUCGGUUGUCCUGGGAACUGCGCCGCCCGGAACGAUGGGAAGGCCGACGCCGGCGGUCCCGCCUCGGGUUCCUCCCGGGACCUUGAGAAGUUCGCCGCCGCGGUCCGCAAAGUGCAACAGCAUGGUCUCGCAGUUUCAGAUGGGCUUGUUGGAGAGCAUGUACUGCGACAAUUGUGGGGCACAGUUGUGCAUUUGCUUCCCAGGUGGUUACGGCUUUUCUCAGCAAUUAGCCCCCCGAGGAGAGGCCAAUGGCUUUCGGAACGGUGCAGGUGAUGUCCAAGGUCUGCAGUCUGUGAAAGAUCUCAUGAAGAGUGGCGAAGAGCUACGAGGUCAAGAAAAAGAGGUGCCACAAAAACCUCUCUGUUCCGGCAGCUGCACGCCCUGUUUAGAGAUGAUCCAGUCCAGGUACUGCAGCGCUGGCGACUCAUGCCAAUACUGCCAUCAAUGUUUGGACCGCAGGAAGAAUAAGAAGAUCGGAAACAUGUCACUGAAAAAGUCCCAAAAAGUGGGCGACAAUGCCAACAUGUGGCUCUAG